AUGAAGACCUUUGCCGUUUUUUCUGCUCUCCUGGUAGCGGUAUCCGCCACCUAUUAUGGUGGUGGAAUAGGAGGCGGCAUCGGUGUGCCAUACGGGGGUGGUGGAUAUGGUAGUAUUGGUGGAGGAUACGGUGGAUAUGGCGGACUAGGUGGUGGAUAUGGCGGACUGGGAGGAGGAUUUGGUGGGCCUGGUGGAUACGGUGGUUAUGGUGGAUUAGGAGGUGGAUAUGGUGGAUUAGGAGGCGGAUAUGGUGGAUUAGGAGGUGGAUAUGGUGGAUUAGGAGGCGGAUAUGGUGGAUUAGGAGGCGGAUAUGGAGGACUAGGAGGUGGAUAUGGUGGAUAUGGAGGAUAUGGUGGAUAUGGAGGAUACGGUGGUAGAGGAUUUAUUGGCGGUGGAAGGAGCGGAUUCAUCGGGGGCGGUGCUGGAAUCAUUGGUGGAGGAAGAGGAGGUUUCAUCGGAGGCAGCUAUGGAAAGCCACAAUAUUAA